GAGAGUGUAGCUGAAGUGGUCCUCCUUCCGUCGUUCUUCGACGGCCUCUGCGAAGGGCCGGACGGCGGCCCGUUUCAGCACACGCAAGCGCCCUUCGUCCUGGACGACUUCCGCGCACUCUGGGCGGAACUCUUCCCAGCGGUGCUGGCAAAGCUUCUCAGGAAGCAGGAGGCCCCAUGCCUUCCAAAGCACCUUGCUCGCAGGUGGGCUCCCUUCAGCGCCCUGUCUGUGGACCUGCAGUUCAAGAUUGUUUGGGUCUGGGCUACAAUCUACAUCAUCGGCUUAAAAGAAGUGCCAAGUGCCACAGGUUUCCAGAUGAAGCCCGCAUUUUGCUGGAACCACGACUAUCAUUUCUUCAGUGAGCGCUUGGUGUUCCAUGCGGAUAACUUCGUGGUGGCUGACAGGGUGUUUGGAUGUAUCCUGCGACAGGACGGAAAGAAUCCCAACCUGACUCUUCACUUCCGUGAACAUCAGGGCGCCGGCUACGUGCGCAUGAAGGAGAUAAGAGGACACUUGUACCUGCAGAAGGGAGAGGCACGGCAUUUCUGGAGCCAUGGCAUCCCAGCCGGAGGAGAAGGCGUGCGACAGUCCCUCACCUGGCGCUGGCUGCGACCAAGCUUCAUCAGAUGGUGUCAGAUGGAAAACGAACUUCAUCGCAAACAGCAGGCCAAGUGGCUCUUGCGCUUCACCUCUGCGGGUGAAUUCCUGGGGAUUGACCACGAGGUACCGUGCUGGAGCAAUUUCUCACGCGGUGGCUACCGGUCUGUGGCAACCUUAGCCGCAGAGGUUUAG